AUGCCCUCCGAGAUCUCCUGUGCCGUCCGGAGAAUCCAUAAAGAAGGUGAGGCCAAUGUGGCCAAGGAGCGCACCGCAACACUUCGCCGGUGGGUUAGCAGAGCAGCCGAUUUAGAGCCAGCCGAGCGCGCGCUAAAGGCUGGUCUUCCUCAGUUUCGAAAGGAUCUUCUUAGUCCUAAACGCCUCGCUCUUUUCGAGGAGCUGUUGCUUGAAGUGGGACAUGAGGACGUUGACCUUGUCAAAGACAUUGCUCAUGGGUUUGACUUGACGGGCAAGCUGCCUAGAUCGAAUGUUUUCGCUAAACGCUUUCGUCCUGCGGAGCAGAGUGAAUCUCAGCUUCGAUCCAGCGCUAAGAGACUGCGUGAUGGUCUUCUGGCCACGAUCAAAGCUUCGGAGGAUCCUGUGAUUGACCAGGGUGUUCUUAAAGCGACGAUGAAAGAACUUGAGCGCGGCUUCGUUGAUGGACCUUUGUCUCCAGACCAGAUCCCUGAAGAUGUUGAGCAAGUCAGCGUGCACACCAUUGACGUGGUGGCCGGGAUGCUGGCCUGCUGGUUGAAUGAGUGGUUCAUCAGCGGGCGCCCAGAGCACAGCACGCCAGUGUGCAAGGCGUGGGAUCUGCGUACCGCCUAUAAACAACUCCCCCUUUCGGAUUUGGCUUAUGCCUUAGAUAGUUUCUUUGUGCUCUUCAACAUUGAGCGUGGGGCGAGCGAAAUCUAUCGCCAGCGAGUGCUUCCCUUCGGCUCAACGGCCAGUGUGACCAGCUUCAUAAGAACGGCUUACGCCAUUUGGAAAUUAGGUGCCGUAGGGUUGACUCUUGUCUGGAGUGAAUAUUUUGACGACUACUUGAACCUUUGCGGCAAAGCCUUUGCUCGGCAUAACGACUUGGUAAUCUCCAUGUUCUUCCAACUGCUGGGGUGGGAGAUCUCGAAGGACAAGGAGCUCAACUACGAUGCGCUUUGCGUCGUCCUAGGAGUGCAAGUGAACCUUCGUGAUGCCAAGCUCGGUUUGGCUUACUUGGAGAACACCGUGAAGAGGCGGACUGAGGCGUUGUGUGACAUUGAGCGGGCUUUGGCAACCGGGAAGCUUGAACCUAAAGAAAGUGAAAAGCUAAGGGGUCGGUUGCAGUUCGCCUGUUGCAAAAUUUUUGGUCGGCGACCAAAGGCGGCUCUGAAGUUGUUGUCGCAGCACUCCAGGCAACGCAGAUGGGACGUUAACCAACUCACGCGGCUCGCACUCACUCAGCUGAAAAGUUUCCUUGAAAGUUCCAGGCCACGUCCAGUCAGGGCGCGACGUGAAGACUUUGUCCAUGUGUAUGUGGAUGCUUCUUUCGAGCCAAACGGCCAUUGUGGUUUGGGGGGAGUAGUCUUCAACUCUUCUGGUGAGGCGUUGUGCUGGUUUGGUCAAGCUGUUUCGCCAGUACAUGUGCAGAAGCUUUUGAAAGCUGGUGACCGCGAAAGAGAGACAGUGAUUUUCGAGCUCGAGGCGCUUGUGCUCAGCAUCUGCCUCGAGGCCUUUCGCUUUUACGUCGAGAGGAAAGGUGUGGUCAUUUUCACUGACAAUGAGGGCGUGUUCGGAAGCUUCGUCAGAGGCCAUAGUGACAAUGCUUCUUGUGCUGCCUUGAUCGACUUCUUUGCUUGCUGCGAAGAGAGCCUUGAAACGAUCUGCUGGCUAGAUCGUGUGCCAUCCUCUUCCAAUCCUGCCGACGACCCCUCGCGUGGCGUCAGUAUCCGAGGUGCACCACGUGUCGAUCUUGAUGUGAAUCUCUUGAGUCGCGCGCUUCCUGAAGUCUUUGGGUGA